GUCUUCCGUGUCCUCCCGGAACCGUGGUCUUAACACGCCGACUUCUCAUUUCCCCGCUUUUCAGCUGCCGCGCCGACGCCCUCCGGCCCCCAGCAUACCAUAUUUGAGUGAAAAUGAUGGAAGAGAGUGGAAUAGAGACUACGCCACCUGGGACUCCUCCACCAAACCCUGCUGGCCUGGCCACCGCGGCGUCCACCCCGCUUCGUUUAGCAGCAACUAGUUCUUUUUCUUCUCUGAGUGGAUCCUCGCUGCCGUCCCUGCCGCCCCACACGUUCUCCACCCCGCAGCCUCCCCUUCCUCCUGGGAGCCCUGCAGCCCCAUUGGCCUUGGUGCCUCCUUCACCAGUUCCUUCUGUCCCACCGCUUGUGAUGUCUGUGCCACCUGCCGUCCCUCCCCAAGCUGCCGCUGCAGUCGGCAGUCCCCCUCUGGCCCACUUCCCCCCUUCAGCCUCUGCCCUGAGCGCUCUGCUGUCUGCACCCUCUGCGGGUCCCCCUACAUCAGGAUUUGCUGUCAGUUCAACUUACGAUAUUACAAGGGGGCAUGCAGGAAGAGCGCCCCAGACGCCCCUGAUGCCGUCAUUUUCUGCACCUCUAGCAACAGGUAUUUUACCAACUCCCAUUACUCAGCAAGCCAGUUUGACAUCUCUGGCACAGGCAGCUGGAACCACAUCAGCCAUUAUUUUUCCAGAGGAACAGGAAGAUCCUAGAAUUAGUAGAGGUCGGGAUGAAGCAUCAGCUGGUGGACUCUGGGGUUUUAUUAAGGUCUCCUGCACGUGUGGCACUCCCAGCAUUCUGUGGGCUCCGCCUGGCUGUGUGUGGCUAUCUUCUCCAGAGCCGGCCAUCGCAUGUUCCCGGGAUAACAGGGAACAGCUUCAGAGGCUCAAGCCGUGCCAGUCCAGCCCUGCCUGUUGCUGUGGUGCUCAUGAGAAGUGCAGCGCUCUCGUCAGACUGCAGGGCUGUGUCGGACGCCUUCAUUUGAAAUCUUUAGGCCAGUAGGUCUAGGUUGCUCUGAAGGAACCAAAACAGAAGGGGAUCCAUUCAAUGAGAAAGGCAGCUCUUAUUUCAGUGACAAGUGUUUAGCCACUCUCAGGAUUUCCUGUAUGAUUUAGAAAGCUGAGGACCAUUUCCAGGUUCCAUUGUAACUGUGACUUUUGGAACGUGGAGAAGCAGCCCUUUGUUUGUCCCGCUAACUAAAAAGACACACUCUCUUUAUUGGCUUUAUAAUGUCUCUUCAGCUUUGUCUAUGUUUAACAACUCUGCUAGCUGCUGAGAGAACAAGACACUUGGUGUGGUAAUAGUAAGAAGAAGAUGUGAGGACUGUGAACCAUCAUAAGAGCACACAGGUGUCCCUCCAGAUAGCAGCAUGUUAAACUGAGAAAUGGUCCACGGCCAAAGCAUUGCGUUUUUCUCCCUCCUUCCCCAGUUACACUUGACACUUCAAGGAAGUGGCCAGAACUACUACAUCUUGGUAUAUACCUAGGGAUAUUUUUCCUAGGGGGAAAAGAAAGAAAGGAUUACAUGGUUUGUUUCUCUCAAGUGGUUGCAACUGCUAAGCAGUGUCCUUUCAGGUAUGGGAAUCACAUAAUGGAGUUUGAGAUCCCACUCACACCCAGGAAAAGGGCAGAACCAACCCUCAAGGACAGAAGGCCUAGCUCUGCCUCAUCCUGAGCCUUGUGACUCCCCUGGCCUUUGAUACCGAAUCCCAAGUGUCCUUGAGAUGUGCUCUCACCCCUGGGGCCCUCACCUCUUCUGCAGCUGGCCCCUUUUAAUAGUUUCCACUUCCAGCCAGUUUCCUGUUCUCAGCUGUAGUGGUAGAGAUGCUAGACUGGUGCUCCUUGUUCUUUGGUUUGCAUGAGGACAUCUUGGUCUUGUGCAUGGUGUGACUGCCUUCUUGUCCCUCGUCUUAAGGAGAGCAGUGGAAACUAUUAAAAGGGGCGCUCCGCUCCUGUUCCUGCGUGGUGGUAGGGAAGGUGGUGGAUACAUGGAAACAAAGUGGGUAUCAUGGCUGCUAAGAGAUGAAGGCCCUCAGUAGAGGCUGGACUACUUCACUUCCACUUUCCUAGGGCCUGAAGAAGUCUACGUGCUCGCAGGAGGAUGGCUUCCUGCCAAAGUGCUUUUUGGUGUAGCAUCUAAAUGGUCUUGCAUUGGUCUUCCUCCUCCUCUUCCUCUUCCUCUCCUCCUCCUUGUCGUCCUCUCCUCCUCCUCCUCCUCGUCCUCUCCUCCUCCUUCUCCUCGUCCUCUUUUUCCUUAUACUUUCUAUUCGCCAGGAGAAGACAUGAUGGAAAACCUGGCAGCUGAAGCCCUCCCGGAGUGCAUUGUCCACGUGGUUCUGCAGGAGCUUCAAGCUGGGGAAAACUUGGCAGCAGUUCAGGCACAUGAAGCCGCUGUCCAGGGCCACCAGCCCCUCAGGCGUCUUGGCCCUGGGGCACUCCUCCUGGGCUGGAGGCUCCCCCGCACUGCCAGCCUGCUCCCUUUCCUGUGGGGCUUCGCUGUCGUCACUGACAUCCAUGAGUUCCUGUGUAGACAAGAGUCUCCAUGUUUGUCAGGCCUCUUCAGCCUCCUCAGCCACUUCAGAAUAAGCCAGCUUUUCUCUUUUGGUCUUCUUUGAGGCAGGCUCGUAGACUUCCACUUCAUCCCAUGACACAGGCACACCUCUUUUCGUCUGGACACUCCUGUUGUAAAUCUUCUUGACGCGUGCCCUUCCCAGGUAUGGUGGAAAGGAGUCUUUGCUAGACAGGGAGGAAGAUUCCCGUUCUUCCAAGACCUGGGGUUGAGUCAUCUCAAGAUUCCCAGUAUGAAGAAUAUCCUGAUUGCAACUGAGGGAUUCCUCCUCCUCCUCCUGGGAACGGAAAUUUCAGACAUGAGUAACUAGAAUAAGUGUGUGAAGUCUGUAGGAGUUGAGAUGGUCAUGAGAAUAUUCCUAUAUGGGCACAUGGCCUGGAAGUACACACAUAUGUGAAGUCACAGAAUGCCAUGUGACACAGUUUGUCUGAGGUAUGUGUGUGGUGUGAUUAUGUGGGAUUGAGGGUGUGGCAGUCUAUAUAUGUUCUGGGACAUACCUGGUGAGUGUUUCUGACAUUGGUAAGGGGGUGGUUAAUGACGGUGUACGUGUGUGUGUGGUGCGACAUUACACGUGAACAGGGGUGGUACGUGUUCUUACUGUGAAAUGGUUAAAGACGGAGCAUGUUGGAGGAAGUGUGCUUGAGCUUCCCAGAAGUGCAGCUCUCUUGAGGGGCUUAAGGCUUUGGGCUGAAGGUUUUGUGGGUGGAAUGGUAUGCAGAAUAGAAAGCCUGUAUAUGAAAGUGCAUUCAUUUCAGGGCUAUGAGUUUUUGAGUGCUUUUGCCAGCUCUAAUGAGGGAACUAGAACAAGUUACCUGUGUGAAACGGUGUACAUUAUUUACGGGUUAGUGUGUAGACAGCAGAGUCUGAGAAUGAUUGUGGGAGGAGGGAAGGUGGCAGUGUGUAUCUGUAACGCUCGUAGAGAAUGGGAAGGACCCAUCUGGAAUGAAGGGAUGUGUAUAUGAGAGAAAAAGUGAAAGGAUGGAAUAGUGGGGCCAUGUCGUAUGAAGGAAUACAGGUCUGCAUGAGUUUGUGCUGAUUGGAGGGAAGAGGUAAUUGUAUUCUCACACUGUAAUAAGCACAGCCCACUAUUGUAGGUUGCCAUCCAUAGAUCAUUCUGUUUCUAUGGGAAUUGUUUGACUUCCUUGUUAUCUGUGGUGCAUGCCACAGUUCACUAGAUCUGUUUCUUGUUAUCUGUAUCCCCUCAUUGCCUGGCCACAGGGACACUUGCCCCAGCGUCCUGGAGGCAAUUACAUUCCUGUAGUAAAGCAUGUUAAUCAUUGUGUCUAGAAACUUGUUAACCCACUCAAGAAUGUGAUGCCUGAUCAAUAAAUAUGAGGGGUGCCUUUCCAGCACCACUCUUGAGCUGGUAUGCCUUGAGUCCCCUGGCUGGUCCACUGAGGUCUUCGAUAUCUCAUCGCGUCGCCUCCUUUGUCUGUGGGUCGCAGACGGGGAGGAGGCCGACAAGUGGUGCUCAAACAGGGACCUGAAAGACGGUCAAAACUCAGGGUGGAGAACCUCCGCUCGGCGGCACUUGCAAUUCAAGGGCGGGAAAAAGCUCCGAAGAUGGUCGAUCCGGUAAGAUUCCCGGGAAAGCGUACGUAGGGAACAGGAUCAAGACGUCAGGGACACUAUAAUGGGCCAAAUGAAACUAAAGUAGAUAAAUCAGAGGAUUUCUUAAAAUUACUCCGUGCCCUCCUUAAAACAUCAGGAGUGAAAACCUCUAAAAGAUAUUUUACUCAACUUCAUAAGUAUAUAAAGAAACAUUGUUAUUGGCUUCCACCGCAAGGUACUCUUAAACAAGCUGGUUGGGAAAAUGUUUUGCGAGAUUUUAAAAAUGCUCACAGACAGGGAAACAUUAUCCCUGUGCCUGUUUGGGUAGAUCAAUAGCCCCUUAAUAAAGAAAGAGUGGCAUCCUUACACAAGUUAAAGAACAGCUUCAGCUAGAUAGAUUAGAAUUUUCCACCAGCCCGUGGAAUUCCCCUGUAUUUGUUAUAAAAAAGAAGUCAGGAAAUUAGAGAUUCUUAUAUGACUUAAGGCAAAUUAAUGCGGUUCUUAAACAUGGGACCUUUACAACAAGGCCUCCCUUUUCCGGCUAUGAUACCAAAAGACUGGAACAUGGCUAUCAUUGACCUUAAAGAUUGCUUUUUUACCUUGCUCCCCAUUCAAAGCAGUCCUCUUAGGCCUGCGUUACUUUCUCCUGUGUAAUGUAGAGUCUGUAAAGUAAUCAAGCUGAACCCUCAGGUCAACGUGUAAAUAGCUCUAUUCUAUUAACUGCUUUCCUUAGAGGCAGUCAUCCUGGAGCUAAGCAUUUCCUUGUCUGCAGCCCCAGGGAAGCAAAGCAAGCUUGCAUCUCAGAUCAAGGCUCUAGUAGCAAAAAGUCACACAGUCCCUGCAUUUAUCAGACAGGCGGAAGCUUCUCAAGGAAUGACUAAAGCUUGGGCAGUAAAAACUAAGAAAACUAACUGGGAGCAAUUCAAUCCCUAAAUUCUAAAAAAGAAGUAUCUUAUCUUCUGCAUACAAACCUGGCCCCAGUACAAACUCUCUGAUUAGAGAGGCUUGGCCCCUGAAAGAAGUAUGCAAUAUAAUGUUAUGCAGCUAAAUAUAUUUUGCCACAAAGGAACAAAAUAGUCAAAAGUCCCAUGAACUACUACAAUAUGGAGCUAGUUUUCUAAAUUCUUUUAGUGAACAUCUAUUCUACUCAUUAAGUUCAUCAUUAUCUUUGAGAAUUGAGAAGUCUUAAACUAAACUCCCUGAGAUAGAAGAAAUUUAUCUUCUGCAAUACAGCCUGGCUUUAAAUGACUGGAGCUAGAAUUGUACUUGCAUUUCAUUUCCAGCCCCCUGGACACACACAGUCCUUAUCAGUUCAGAGCCUUCGUCAGCCCUGUUAGUCUGGGGCCAUCGAAACCUAACCCAGUUAUGUAAACUACUUGCCCUUAGAGGGUGUUCUUGAAAACUGAAGUACUUUUAAUCAAGUAAGCUAAAAAGAAAGAAAGCAAUUAAAUAUCAGUAACUCAAAUCUUUAUAUCAGUUUGUAUGUCUGUGUAUGUGUUUUUAGAUGAAAAGUGUUGCUGACUGUAGUCGUUAUGUCUCAAUUUGUAUGUUUGUGUGUCUAAGUGUAUAAAUGAAAAAUAUUUUCCUACCUCCGGAUGGUAUUAAUAAAAAUUGAUUUAAAAACAAGCGCUUGUGAAAAUUGGGCAUUCUAAAACUUCCAGAAAAUCUAAUAAAAAAUAUUAAGCAUUAAUACUAAUUUAAGUUUAACUGAAAUGGACAUGUCCUUAUAGUUGUCAGCUGCCAAAGUUUACUUAAAGUCAUUUAAGUUGAUGUUACCUGUUAAACAUUUCAAGAAGAUGCUUAAAGAAAAGCUUGCCUUUGUCUAAUGUUUGGUAAAAGUUUUUUAAGUAAUCUAGCAUGGUUGCUAAAAAUAAGUAAACAAGUGUAGCAAAUAAACAUCUUAAUAAUAAUACUGUAUAUUAUUAAUACUUAAUAUAAUACUGUAAUAAUAGUGUAUUACAGUGUGUGUGUAUAUAUAUACAUAUAUAUAUAUAUAUAUAUAUAUAUAUAUAUAUAUAUAUAUGCAAACAGCCUGAGAAUUUUUGUGGUAACCAAAAUUCUUAAAGUUUGCUAAGUUAUAUAGACAUAUUUUGUGCCUAAUGAGAAAUUGUGCUGUAAAGCACAUUUCCAGAAAUGAUAAUAUAUGGUAUAGAUGUAUCAAUCUGAAGAAUGCUAGUGUAACAGUUUACAGUGGCCUAUUUUUCAGUGUUCACUGAAAGUUAAAGUAUCAAAUGGUUUUAAGUUCUAAUGAAAACUACUUAAUAUAAUAAGGAAAAUAUUUCUGUAUGCUAAAGAUGUGUGUUUUAAUAAGAGAAAGUAUAAAGAAUAGAAAUUUGUUUUGUUGAGAGUAAAAGAAAGUAAUUGUUCUAAAGUACAGCUAUUUACUUAAAGGGGGAGAACACUGAAUGUAAAAGGAAAGUUGUAGAAAACUUGUGGAAAAAUUGAUAUAGUCAUGCUAUGUGAAAUUAAAGCAAGUGAGUCUUGAUAUCAAGUACACAGCAAAAUUAGAAUUUUGUUUUCAAUUAAAAAGACAAAGUUUUCUUAAACUGUUAGUGUACUCUUAAUGUUGAAAGAUUACAAAAGGUUUUCUAAUUGUUCUGUCAAAACAGUUUCUCAUGCUUAAAGUCUCAAUGAAUUGAGUAUUUAAGAAAAUGAGAUCUUAAUAUUAAAAGACUAAAAGUUAAACUUUGCCAACAACUGUGUAAACUUCUGUAUCUGUCUUUGAAGUAUUUUGUUGUCCUUCUAGUUAAAUAGGUAAGUAUUGCUUCGUGGCAACCUAUAAUCUUAUUUAAGCAAAUGCCAAAGAAACUUUCUUUUGACAACUUUCCAAAGUCAAAUUCAAAAAGGUGCUUUUACCUCUAGUUAAUUCUGAUAUUUUCCAGAGGGCCCCUGGAACAUGUCAGAAGAAUUUUUUUCUCCUCUUCGGGAAAAAUAUUUCGCUAAUUUGGCUUAUUUAUCUGCUAUAUAUUUACCUAGAAAGCACUGUCAAAAGGAAUGAUGCUAAACUUUGUUACUAAAUGUUUUGUGGUACAGAAAUAUCCAAAUUUUCUUACGCCAGCAAUCUUAUGUAAGCUCUCAUCAAGUCUUUAACCAUUGUCAUUUGUAAGUCUUUUGUCAUUUAAAGUCACUGUUUUAUUAUUCCUAAACUAGUAAAGAGCUAGAUUUCAGCAGAACAAGUAUUGGUUACAGAGGAUUAAGUAAACUAGAGAAGAUGGUUUUGUAGCUUUUUGUUUCAAAUAUUGCUGACAAAAUGUUUUAAGCUUUUUUUCUUAAGCUAACUGACAAUGCUCCAGUUUACCUCUCCUCUACGCAAAAAAAACUUUUUUUUUAAGCUAUAUAAUAUCACUCAUAAAACAGGUAUUUCAUACAAUUCUACAGGCCAAGCUCUAAUUGAACAUCGCCAUCUUACUCAUAAGCAUUAUUUAUUAAAACAAAAAGGGGGAUUACUGCCCGAUAUGAUAGAAUUAAUUGCAAAUCAACGAUUAAUACAUGCUUUACAUAUCCUUAAUUUUGGUCUCUUAAAGGGUGACAGACAAUCAGCUAUGGAAGUGCAUUUUUCUGACAAUAUUUCUUUUUCUAAAACAACAGCAGUUCCUGUAUGGUGGUCUCCAAUAGGUUCUUCACAAUGGUAUAAAGGUCAUAUUAAGGUGUGGGGCAAAGGGUUUGUUUGUGUCAUUACAGAGGACCAAUGCUUGAUCUGGCUGCCUAGAAAGCAGAUCAAGAUACGCUAUAAAGAGGAACUCCCAGCAACAUCGCCAUCUGAGACGGCUGUCCCAGGCGGUGUCCCUCAACCAGUUCCGUCACUGGAGUGAGGAUCCCUACAUGAUAAUGAAGUUUUUAUUCUAAUCUCUAUACACAUAUACAUAACCCAGGCAUGUGCUAUUACUACUAGUAUUAGCAGUCCUCCGUACUUCGGCCGGGGAGUAGAACUUCAUUGUAUCUCCACUUGUUCAACUCCUGUAGGCCCGGUGAUUUAGAAAAAGGAUGGUAAUGAAAUAUAUAGACAGAAAGAUAGAGGAAAACUUGGUUGGGAUAAUGCUACUGAUCAGUCUAAAAGAGACAAUACCCGCUAUGAUAUUUAUAAAACAGUUUUAACCCGAAAUGAUAUUGGCAAUUAUUCUUGUGAAAAAUUCCAAAGGGAAGCCCUGAUCAAACAUAUAAAAGUAGUUAUGUUUAUUUGGACAUUUCAUUAACCCCAGAGAAUGAGUAUUCUUCACCCAAUAUGUGGUUGCAAUUGGCUAAUCAAGGGCUUAAUAAGACAUCUUUUUGUAUAGCAGGUGAUUCCUCUAUUAGUGGAAUCUUAAGGAAGAAUUUGAUAGGCAUAGGACUCCCUUUUUCAGUGUUUACUAAUAUUUCUGGAAUAAAUAUUACUUUAGCCCCUAAGAUUCUUACUCAAGAAAUUCAAUUGAAUUUACCAGUUAGCACCACUAUAGUUUCUAGUUGUAUAUGUAUCAAUUGUACUAAUAUACCUUCUUACUGUAAUUCUCCUAUUCAUGUAAAAUGGCCAUAUGGAUAUAGACUCCCCAAUGGCUGGGUGUUUCUGUGUGAUAACAAAACCUGUCAAGCCUUUUCCUCACAUUAUCAAGGCAUCUAUGGUGUAGGACGUAUUCUUCAGCCCUUAUAGUUCAUCCUGGAUUUAAACACCGAAGAGUGACCUGAGCCCUGCCUCCAAAUUGUGAUGACAACCUGAAAUUGUUGGACCCCAUAGCCAUUCCAGUCGCAGCUGCGUUUGUAUGGCCUGUACCAGGACUCGCUGUAGAAAUGCAGAAGGAAAUAUCUAAGCUGGCCUUUGCCUACAGCAAGACUGCAGAUCUGACUGCUUCCAUACUGUCAGAACUUAAUCAGGAACUUGGAGAAGUUCGAGUGGCAGUGCUUCAGAAUCGUGCUACCAUGGACUAUUUGUUGCUGAAAGAACAUUUGGGCUGUGAACAAUUUCCUGGAAUGUGUUGUUUUAAUAUAUCUGAUUUUUCACAGACAAUUCAAAACCAGUUGGAUGAUAUUCACCAUAUUAUUGAUAAAUUUUCACAAUUACCUGGAUUACCUGAUCUGUUCUGUUGGUGUCACUGGCUAUGGCCAAUACUUGUGGGCCUCCUUCUUUUAUGCAUUUGCCUUCCCGUUUUAGUAACAUGGCUGUGCCAUCUGAUUGCUGGCUUAAUAAAGCCAAUUCAUGUAUAUGGUAUAUUUCAAGAAGUCAUGGCAAAAAAUUAAUAACUGCAUGUUAUCUUCUUCAGAGUCCGUGUGACAGAUCACUGUAUAUUUUAAAAUUCUGCAGCAAUUAAGGGGAUGACAAAGUGUUUGCAUAAAUCUUUUGUAUGCCUCUGCUCUAUCGCAUUUACUCCCUGUACGGCCCCAAGAGACGGCUGGCUAGCCAGAGACGGGUAAGAUUCCUUACGGGAGGAACAACCUAAGACAGGCACAGUCGCGGGGGCCAACAGGUAGAGAGAUGAGGGGGUCAACUGAGGUGUGGCUUAGCACCUCACCCCCCCUGACGAGGCAUUUCUUGUCGCCCCUUUUCUUUACCAAGCUGCAGUGGAAUAACAGACUUCUCUUACUUUUUAAUUUAAAAAUGGGGGAAAUGUAGGUUGCCAUCCAUAGAUCAUACUGUUUCUAUGGGAAUUGUUUGCCUUGUUAUCUGUGGUGCAUGCCGCAGCUCACUAAAUCUAAACCGAGAUCUGUUUCUUGUUAUCUCUAUCCCCUCAUUGCCUGGCGACAGGGACACUUGCCCCAGCGACCUGGGGGCAAUUACAUUCCUGUAGUAGAGCAUGUUAAUCAUUGUGUCUAGAAACUUGUUAACCCACUCAAUAAUGUGAUGCCUGAUCAAUAAAUAUGAGAGGUGCCUUUCCAGAACCACUCUUGAGCUGGUAUGCCUUGAGUCCCCUGGCUGGCCCACUCAGGUUUUCGAUA